CGCGCCCUUUCAAGAGGCUGAUGAGGCUCGACARCGCUUGUUGCAAAGCAAACACGCUGUGUGGGAAUGGGUAUGCCCAUGCAUGACGACCGAGUUCGUGGCCGUGGACGGCAAUCAGCUGCCCAAGGGCCGCAGACUGUUGGGAUGGAUGAGGGAGCGGUCGAUGGUGGGCCAGUGGACGACGAGCUGUCUAUCCUUAGAGAGAGGGUCCGCGUCCUUKAGGYGGAGCAGGGGUCGACUCAGGUGCAGAACACCACACGACAGCCUUCAAGGCGAAAAGCCGACUUGUCAUGGCUCAGGACAGAGGGCACACGUGCACCAUCAGGUGUUGUUGUGCCCCACGAUCGUCGCACGCUGCAGACGAGGUUGGAUAGUUGGGCAAAGGGAGGUCCGCAGCAGCAGUAUGAGAGGUUGURGGCCAGAGCCUUGUACAGGGCUGGGGUSCCAUUCACAUUCAUACAGCUCGAGACUACGCAAGAGCUAGCAGAGAGGGUCGCUCCRAAGAAGGCAAAGUGGAAGUUGACARGGUGCACGAUGAUGACGGACGGGGCAACGACAAGGUCGUACAAGCCUAUCGUUAACUUCAUCGCAGCAGGCGAGGACGGGCCCGUGCUGAUCAGUACCGUUGACAUGUCGGAGAGGGACAAGACUGGAGUGGCACUGGCAGAGUUGUGGGAGGAGGUCAUCCGCGAUAUUAACGUUAAGCAUGUGAAUGCUUAUUGCACUAACAACGCUUAUGCAAACAAGGUGGCUGCACAGCAGUUGCAAGACCAUCCGGACAGAGACAUAUCCCGGAUCCCUUGGCUCCCCUGUGCAGCUCAUUGCUUGAGUCUUCUCCUGCGCGACAUCACGCGUUUCUCGUGGGUGUGGCCGAUCUUGAAGAACACACACAAGUUUGUGAUGUUCUUCAAGAACAUUCACAAGGCCCUCUCGUAUCAUUGGUCCUUCAAGGAGCAGGGGCAGCUGGAGCUGAUCCGGCCAUGUGACACACGGUUCGGGUCAGCAUAUCAGAUGGUGGAGCGACUUACCGAUCAGGAGAGGGUAUUGCGGAUGGUCGUGGGCAGUGUGAGAUGGCGGAGCACCCUCUGGAGGGGGAARGCGAGGCAGGAUGAGCGCCCUGUUCGACAGCUUGUGCUGUCGGCGUCAUUUUGGGAUUGUGCGCACCGCGUGCAGGAGGUCAUGAGGCCAGCUUAUAGCCUGUUGCGUUCCAUGGACAAAGACGGUUCCUCCCCCCCCACCCUUUGGGCGUUUGUUGACAGUAUCGCAGCGCGUGUGCGCGACAUGGGCCUACCAGAGGCAGACGAGGCAGGGAUUAUGGAGAGGGUUGACUACCGUUGCGGCAUGAUGCGCCAGCCGGCGCAUGCGCUCGCAUACCUCGUUGACCCGCGACGGCGUGAUCUUCUACGAGCGAGGUCGACUUCSCGRAAGGGGUAUGUGGAUGUUUGGGAGGAUUUGGUGGAGGAGCCGCCAGAGCCAGUGGUUGGCGAUCCUUCAGAGGAGGUGUACGCCGAGGGCAUGACGGUCCUUGAGGAGGUGGAGGCAGACUUGCGCAGCCGGCGCAAGGAGGGGGGUGAUYGUGCCAGUGCGCGCCUGUUGCAGGCGCGAGAUGAUGACGAUGUGGAGGCUGAGGAUGCCAUUUACGAGGYGGAUGACGUGUGGGCGGGGAAGGACAUGAYUGAGGAGAUUGCAGCCGCAGGGAAGGGGAAGGAGAAGGUGCACGAUGACCCACUCGUGUCUCGUGUGUGGGACAGGUGGGGGAGCCCUGAUGCUGUGGAGGACCUCGACGGGUUCCUGCAUGGCUCCAGACACACCCUUCAUAUCAUGAAGGACAUUGAGGAGUGUCGCAGGCCGGAGGGGGGGAGMGGACGGGUUGAUGAGGGUCAUCAUGUGGACACAGGCUUUCAUUCGACUGCCUUUGACGACGAGGCGGGCUGCAGUGCCGCUACCACUGACGUAGGGGCGACACACACGCCUCAGAUGUCAGUGACCCCCCCUAGCACUCCGUUGUUUGGUAUGCCUCUUGAUGAUGGGGCAGGCGGGCGGCCUUCAGAGGGACCUAUCCCGGGGAGUGUAGCAGAGGAGCAGCGUCCCGAUGUUGGGGAGCUGGAGGCAUCUCGUGGCAGGGAGGACCUGUGUCCCGAUGUGGAGGAGGAGGAGGCAGCUGCCAUGGAGGCAACUCCCGACAUGGAGGAGCAGGAGGCAGCUGCCAUGAGCCAUGGGCAGCCGUGUCUCAGUCAGGAGGAGAUGGGGACAGGUCACACCGAGCAUGGCUCCCCCGCACCCACCAUCUCGGAGGUGGCCCCUGUUAUCGGGGAGGGCGUGAGAGGAUGUGAGCCCGAUCAGUCGUGCGACAUGGAGACAGACGGAGUGAGGACUCGAUCCCGUGCUGUUGUGGGGAAGAGGACGCGUGUUUAUGUUGAGGAUGAUGACGACACCGAUGAGCAGGCCAGCGGUGACAGGUCUGAGAGCGAGUACGAGGCUCCACCGCAACCCUCCUAUGAUGAUGACGACGAUGACGCCGGAGGGGACGAUGAUGAUGCUACGGUAGAGGACGAGACACUGGUUCCAGGAUUGAACCUGCAAGACAACCAAGUGUUGUAUAUCUACUCCCGCGCGUUGCCUGAGCCCAUCCGGGGACACCCGGCGGCCGAAGCAAAGUCAGGUAAGUACAACUAUAGGCAAUUUCGCGAUCUUGCCCUGCAAAGGGAGCAAAUGACUUCUCAAGUCAAAAACUCCUAUGCAGUCGUAGUUAAGUCUGGAGGAGGAGGAGGAGGAAGGACGAAUGAUGGGAAACGAAUUCUUUGGCGACAAAAGUGCCAGGACCACACCCUUGUUGUCUUCGAUGAUGAUACAGUGGAAAAGUGGCCGAUAGAAGAAAGGAAUGAAAAGGAUAACAACAGUGACUCCGCGAAGGGGGAAGUCACUGCUGUUGUGGCCACCAGGGGACGGCCACCCAGAAAUGCUAUACGGAAGAAACCGUGCGCGUUUCCAUGGCACCCUGGCACUGCCGAAGGGAAGCCUUGGUUGAAGAUGGGGAUGACCCGUGAGACUUGGCAGGAGCGCAUGGACAAUGCGCAAUGUCUUAAAUGCGGCACACCAGGACAUAUGAUCGCAUACUGCCCGAUGAUUAGAAACCCAAAAGCGAGGAGCCAAUAGGACGAACAGACAGGAAGGGCGCCUACAACCCCUUCCUACCCUUCUUCUCAUAUGGCAGAGGUUGAUUCUUCCUUAGCCCAUCAUCCAGUUCGCCCUGACAUUGUCUUAUGCUUUGUCUCCCUCAAUAACUCCCUUGAUGAGCUAGGUAAUGAAUUGCUAGCCUUACG